ACCCGCCACCGCCAGUCUCAAUUCAACCCCUCUGAGGCCGGAAAGUUUAUUUUCCGAUCGACCAAUCUCUGUUCGGAACGGAACGGAACGGGUCUGAUCUGGAUCCUCUUACUUCUCCGCAUGAGGGUUCCGCAUUUAUGAUGCGGUUCAAGAAGAAGCUGGUUCAUGAUCUUGGGAGCCACCCUGACGUUGAUGGUGAAGCCCCAUUUUUGAGGGAUCCGGAGAGGAAUAACGGGUUCAGUACGAUUAGGCUAAUGGGUAUCCUUGUGGUGAUUUUGAUGGCUGUUUCGGUUCUGUUUUCAGUUUCUGUUGUGCUUAAGGACCCGCCAACUGAUGGUGUUAUGGAGCCCAGAAAGGAGACUGGGGCUAGGGUCCUUGACUUCAAGCGCCAAAAAGAUGUUGAUACCCCAUCAGUUGAAGUGAAGGAUAAGCUGCUUGGUGGACUUAUUGCAUCUGGAUUUGAUGAAAGAUCUUGUAUCAGCAGAUAUCAGUCAGCUUUUUAUCGCAAAGAACUACUAUAUAAGCCUUCUCCUAACCUCAUUUCAAGGUUACGGAGUUAUGAGGCACUCCAUAAACGAUGUGGGCCCUAUACGGAAUCCUACAAUAGAACCUUAGAAAAACUGAAAACUGGCCAUCCCCUUGAAUCCACAGACUGUAGUUAUGUAGUAUGGAUUUCCUUUAGUGGAUUAGGGAAUAGGAUACUGACCCUAGCUUCAGCAUUUCUUUAUGCCCUCCUUACAGAUCGUGUUCUACUGGUUGAUCCUGGUGUUGAUAUGGUCGAUCUUUUUUGUGAACCAUUUCCAGAAGUCUCCUGGUUUCUCCCUUCUGAUUUCCCUCUGAAAAAUGAAUUCAACAGCUUCAAUCAGAACUCUCCUCACUGUUACGGGAGAAUGCUGAAGAAUAGCACAUUUACUAAUUUAAGUAGGUCAAUGUCAUCUUCUUUUGUUUAUCUCCAUUUGGUCCAUGAUUAUGAUGACCAAGAUAAGCUAUUCUUCUGUGAUGAAGACCAAACUUUUUUGCAGAAAGUACCUUGGUUGAUCUUGAAAACAGAUAACUACUUUAUCCCUUCUCUAUUCCUUAUGCCUUCCUUUGAGCAGGAACUGAGUGACCUCUUCCCUAGAAAAGAAACAGUUUUUCACCUCUUAGGUCGAUAUCUAUUCCACCCCACAAAUCCUGUUUGGGGACUGAUUACCAGAUAUUAUCAAGCUUAUUUGGCUAAAGCAGAUGAAAGAUUAGGAAUCCAGAUAAGGGUGUUCGACAGCAGGAAAGGCCCUUUCCAGUAUGUGCUGGAUCAGAUUCUUGCUUGUGCCUUGAAGGGGAAUCUUCUUCCCAAGAUUGGAAAGGAAACGCUGAUAAUCAGUGAGUCUGAGAAAUCUAAAGCUGUACUGAUGACAUCUUUGAGCUCUGGAUACUUUGAGAAAGUGAGGGAUAUGUACUGGGAACAUCCAACUGUGACGGGGGAGGUGAUAGGUAUUUACCAGCCAAGCCACGAAGAGUACCAGCAAACAGAGAAGCACAUGCACAACAGGAAGGCAUUGGCAGAGAUGUAUCUACUUAGCUUGACUGAUGUGUUAAUCACAAGCUCUUGGUCAACUUUUGGAUAUGUUGCUCAAGGUCUUGGAGGGUUGAAGCCAUGGAUACUCUACAAGCCAGAGAAUCAAACUGCCCCAGAUCCACCCUGUCGUCGAGCCAUGUCAAUGGAACCUUGUUUUCAUGCACCUCCCUUUUAUGAUUGCAAGGCCAAAAAGGGAAUUGACACAGGUGUGCUGGUUCCUCAUGUGAGGCACUGUGAAGAUAUGAGCUGGGGUCUUAAGCUCGUAGACGGUGAGAGUGAGUCCUGAAUUGCAGGGCUGGUUUUUUUGUCGUAGAAUGUAGUCCAAUGUCUCGUUGCAGCGUGUAGCUUCCUUAAUUCUAAAUUCCAUUUAUUGGCUACUGAACUAUGCUUCAUCCUUGAAAUUUUCUGUUUAUUCUUUUGUUUCUUUUUUUUCUUUCUCUUUUUUCUUAAAUUAUAUAAUAAAAAGUAAUUAUCUUU